AUGGAGAACUAUGAGGUUCUAGAGGAGCUUCACAACGUCGAAGCCGAGAUAGAAGAUGUUCAAGAACAAAUUAGGGCGUUAAUUGAAAAGCAAGAGAGGUUGUAUGAGAGGAAAUCUGAGCUGAAUUCUAUUCUGGAAGCGUGUAAAGAAUCUGAAAAUGAGGUCAAUAAUGCAAGUUCAAGUACGGUGGAGAAUUGGGAUGGGCCAUUUGAAUGGGAUUCUGAAGCAGCUGAUCUUAGAUUAAACAUCUUUGGCAUUUCAUCUUACCGCGCAAAUCAAAAAGAGAUUAUUAAUGCCAUAUUGAGUGGAAGAGAUGUUCUGGUUAUUAUGGCUGCAGGUGGUGGCAAGAGCCUCUGCUACCAACUUCCUGCUGUUCUUCGUAAUGGAAUCGCUCUAGUUGUCAGUCCUUUGCUUUCGCUAAUUCAAGAUCAGGUAAUGGGUUUGACUGCUUUGGGCAUCCCAGCAUAUAUGUUAACUUCGACAACAAAAAAGAUAUCAAAAAGCAAGAGGUUUAUGUCAAAACUUGAAAAGUGCCAUCACGCUGGUCGUCUUUCUCUUAUUUCAAUUGAUGAGGCACAUUGCUGUAGUCAAUGGGGUCACGACUUUCGACCUGAUUACAAGAACCUUGGUAUUCUCAAGACACAGUUCCCUAAUGUUCCUAUGGUUGCUUUGACUGCAACUGCUACUCAGAGGGUCCAAAAUGAUCUGGUUGAGAUGUUGCACAUUCGUAGAUGUGUCAAAUUUGUCAGCACAGUCAAUAGGCCAAAUUUAUUUUAUAUGGUAAAGGAAAAGUCAUCCGUCAGUAAGGUGGUUGUUGACGAAAUUGCCGAAUUCAUUAAAGAAUCUUAUCCAAAUCGCGAAUCAGGGAUUGUUUAUUGCUUCUCUAGGAAGGAAUGUGAACUGGUUGCAAAGGAGCUAAGGGAGAGAGGUAUUUCUGCUGGUCAUUAUCAUGCAGAUAUGGAUGUAAAUGAUCGUGAAAAAGUACAUAUGCGGUGGAGCAGUAACAAGCUGCAGGUCAUAGUUGGUACGGUAGCUUUUGGCAUGGGAAUCAACAAACCAGAUGUCAGGUUUGUCAUCCAUCACAGCUUGAGUAAAUCAAUGGAAACGUACUACCAGGAAAGUGGUCGAGCUGGCCGAGACGGGCUUCCUUCCGAAUGCCUAUUAUACUUCAGACCUGGUGAUGUUCCCCGUCAGAGUUCAAUGGUCUUCUACGAAAAUUCAGGACUGCAGAACCUCUAUGACAUAGUACGGUUUUGUCAGUCCAAAAGACAAUGCCGGCGAAGUGCCUUUUUCCGGCAUUUUGCUGAGCCAUUACAAGAAUGCAAUGGGAUGUGCGACAUUUGUGCAUUCUCAAGUGAGGUGAAGGAAGUGGAUGUCUCUCGGCAUGCAAAAUUGAUGGUUUCUUUGUUGCAAGAUAUUCAGGCAAGUGAUCAGAGGUCAACAAUGUUGCAAUUAGUUGAAAAAAUGAAAACAAAACAGAAGGAAAUAGGUUCUGACUUAAAACGAGAGGAAAUGGAGCAGCUCAUCUUACACCUUUUACUGGAGCGAGUUCUGAAAGAAGAAUUUCAGCAUACAGCUUAUUCUACAAAUGCUUACAUUACUUUAGGGCCAUUGGCGAAACAAAUUUUGCAAGGGAAGAAGACCGUGAAGCUUGAGGUUUCUACAGAACAGAAAACUAAAGCUUCUGAAAGAUUGAAACGCUGCCUCGGGUCGUCUGGCUUGGAGCUAAAGCUUGAUGAGCUGAGAAAAGAACUUUCUUCCAUUCAUGGAGGAAUACUUCCACACUCUGUCUUGUCUACUCAACAAAUUAGCUUACUAUGUUCUCAAAAACCAAAUUCACUGGAACAGUUGGAGAAAGUAAUUGGAAAGUUGAAGACGGAAAAGUAUGGAAAUAAGAUUCUCGAGCAAAUUCUAAACUAUUCUGAUUUCAAGCCGACUGAUGAACAAGUAAGUGAUGGUAGAGCUGCAAAAAGGUCAAAGACCAAGAAGAACCUUGUUCUUAUUGAAUCUAGUGAAGAUGAAGCAUGA